AUGUCUACCGCUACGCCUGAGGCGGCCUCUUCGGCCCAUACCAUCGAAAAGAAACCUGUUAAAUUUAGCAAUUUGUUGCUUGGCGCAGGUCUGAACAUGUUCGAGGUCUCGACAUUGGGACAGCCGCUGGAAGUGAUCAAGACGACCAUGGCUGCCAAUCGCAAUGACAGCUUUGCGGGCGCUAUGGCUAGGAUAUGGGGCCGUGGCGGGAUCCUCGGCUAUUAUCAAGGUCUCAUUCCCUGGGCCUGGAUUGAGGCCUCCACCAAGGGCGCUGUCCUCCUCUUUGUGGCGUCUGACGCAGAAUACCGAGCCAAGGUGCUCGGGGCUUCUGAUUUCGUCUCUGGUAUCGCCGGAGGUAUGGCCGGUGGUGUCGCUCAGGCAUAUGCAACCAUGGGCUUUUGCACUUGCAUGAAGACUGCGGAGAUUACAAAGCACAAGCUGGCCGCGCAAGGUGUGAAGCCCCCGAGCACCUUUGCUACUUUUAUGGAGAUCUACCGCAAGGAGGGUGUCCGAGGUAUCAACAAAGGUGUCAACGCAGUUGCUAUCCGCCAGACUACAAACUGGGGUUCUCGCUUUGGUCUUUCUCGCCUGGCUGAAAGUGCAAUUCGCUAUGUAACCGACAAGCAAGAUGGUCAAAAACUCUCUGCUUGGGAAAAGGUCCUUGCCUCCGGUCUUGGAGGAGGCCUUUCAGCCUGGAACCAGCCGAUUGAGGUUAUUCGUGUUGAGAUGCAAAGCAGGACCGAUGACCCCAACCGGCCCAAGAAUCUCACAGUUGGCAAGGCUAUGAGAUACAUCUACCAGACUAAUGGUAUCAAGGGUCUUUACCGUGGAGUGACUCCUCGUAUAGGCCUGGGCAUUUGGCAGACUGUCUGCAUGGUAGCUCUAGGUGACAUGGCCAAGGAAGCAGUCGAAAAGCUGACCGGCGAAACUGUCACCGCUAAGCACUAG